UCCGUACUCUGUGAUUAUUCCUGAAAGCUGAUUGGCUGAACACCACCAGCGCUACAUUUCACCAAGACGUGCAGUAAACGUUGGAACUAGCGUAACAACAGACCGAACAUGAGUGUACGCAAACAAACCCCAAGUGAUUUCCUGAAGCAGAUCAUAGGGCGGCCGGUGGUGGUGAAGCUCAACUCUGGAGUGGAUUACAGAGGUGUUCUUGCGUGCCUCGACGGUUACAUGAACAUCGCAGUGGAGCAGACGGAGGAGUACGUCAACGGCCAGCUUAAAAAUAAAUACGGAGAUGCGUUUCUCAGAGGAAACAAUGUGUUAUAUAUCAGCACCCAGAAGAGGAAGAUGUAAAAGUUUUUCUGUCUGAAAUAUACCAGUUAUUUCAGCUGUAUCUUUUUUUUUUAUUUUGUAUUUUAUUUCUAGCUCUAACAGACUUGUUUUUGUUCAACUCUGUGACUCAUUGUUUUGUAAAUGAAAGUUUGUAUUGCUAUUAAAUGCACGUGAUGCAAUAAAAUCCUAGUUUUUCCUCACUGA